UUGCUAAAGAGAGUGGGCGUGCGGCUUCCUCUGGGGCGAUCUGAUUUCUCCAGGAGCGUGGUUAAGGCACGUUGAGGAGAAAUCGUCCUCCGUGGAGCGGGGACGCGACCUCUCCUCCAGCAGCAGCGGCUGUGCCGAGCAGGCAGCUCGGUGCCUGGGCACGCACAGGGCGGCUUGCUCUGGGGAGGGAAGGCGAGCGGCGCGUUCGUCUGUCCUGGGAAAGCACCAUCCGGCAGCAGAGAGCCAAGGGAAGAAGUUUUCAGGGCGGCGGAGGGAGCAGCACCGAAGAGCGAGCAAGGCCAGCGGCUGCUGCCAGCCGAGCUGCGGCGCCCAGUGAGGUCCCGGUGCGGUGGCAGGAGCAGCAGGGAGGGACCAGCAGCCACCUCCACGUGACCUUGUGUCCCUGCUGCCACCGCACAGACCGGGCAGGAGCCGGGAGCUUCCUCGGAGCGGCCAAAAGUCGCACGGGCGCCGGGGCAGGCAGCAGCAGCCGCAUGUCGUGGGGCACAGGGCAGCCCCUGCCCGCCGGGCUCCCCAGGGCCUCGCUGCGGAAAUCAGCAUCAAUGUACACGGAAAUACAGCGGGAGCGACCAGAUGGUGGGAAUAUCCUGACUCACCCAGACUACAUAGAUGGAAACCCAGACCUCAUCAAACCUAAAAAGCUCCUAAAUCCUGUGAAAGCCUCGAAAAGCCAUCAAGAGCUGCACAGGGAGCUGCUGAUGAACCACAAAAGAGGUUUGGGCGUGGACAGCAAGCCAGAGCUGCAACGAGUGCUCGAGCACCGACGACGAGACCUGCUCAUCAAACAGAAGAAGGAAGAGGAAGAGGCAAAGAAAUUGCAGUCUCCUUUUGAAAAAGAGCUAUUAAAGAGGCACCAGAGGCUGGAUCAGUUGGAGAAGGAGCAGGAGAAGCAGGAAGACCAUGCACCAGAAUUCAUAAAAGUCAAGGAAAACCUGAGAAGAACAUCAACAGUGACAGGGGAUGAGAAAGCAGCAUAGCUUCUGCCAAAACCCAACGGGAUCCUGCCAAGGCCAACACCCCCACUGAAAUCUCUGUACAUGGUGGACAUUCCCCGCCACGCCAUUGGGGCUACUUGCAGUUAUUAACACUUGCUCCAGCAGAAGGCACUGAAAAGGUUUUCCCAGACCAGGAGGGAAUCACUGUGGGAAAAGUGCAGUAUUCACCAAAGUACUCACACAAGUGGAUGCAGAGAGAAUGGUGUUAUUUUCCCCCCAGACUGUGGGUGCACACUAACCACCAGCUAACUCUUGGUUAACUCUAGAGACACAGUGAAUAUUUCACACAGGGAAGUCCAUGUGGGAACAGCUUGGGGUACUCCUGCUUCUUUGUGGAGGCAGGUUUGCCAGGCACAAGGGGACAAAAGGGCGGCUGCAGCUCUGGAGAGCCUCCUAGAAACCUGGUAACUAAAAGGGACAAUCUGUGUAUCACUGAGAACAGCCCGAGUGACCAUAAUGGCUUUCCCAAGGGUCACUGGCUUUGCACCAGUGUGCCAGUCAAGCGUGGCUGAGGCUGUGUGUGUCAGCAGCACACCUGUACUAUCAGAAAUACCAACCUCUGUGUGCCCUUACCAGAGCAGCACAGGCAGGUGCAGCUGUACUUCACAAGCACCUUUAAACAGCAUUUCAGCCCUUUCAAAGUGGCUUUUUAGGCAGAAAAUACAUUGGGCUGUUCCAUCAACUCCCCAGGUGGAAGGCAAAUGCUCUGUGCAGAAGGCAAAGGCUGGCUGUUCCCAGCACGGGUGUCCAUGGAAGUGUGCAGUGACCAGGCAGCAGAUCCCUGUGCAUGCAGCAGACAGACAGACAGACAGACAGCUUCUUGCCCCUGCACUACUGAACUUCAUGCCCUCACCCAGCAGCUGGACAUGUGCUACCAUAGGGACCCCCCAGAAAUGCCCUGUGAUGGAGAGGGGGUGAUGUGGUCAUGUCCCACAGGUGCCAGGCUGUCCUGUUAACCACCCUGCAUGCAGCUGGUACCUGUGGGCACCAGGGGGUACAGGGCAUGUAGGUCCUGAUGCAAAACUACUUGUCAGUGCUUCUCAUCCCCUUUUCCAGAGGUCAGAGCUGCCUCAUUGCAGUUGCCACUUUACAAAGCUUCUUCUUGCUGCUGGUGUAGCCAAGCUGAGGUGGAUGGUGUAUUUGCACCAUGUUUGGACAGGGCCUGUCACAUUUACAGGGCACCUGUGCCCUGGGAUAUCCACAUCUAGAGCUAGAAGUGUGUUUUCAGGAAUAUCUCAGCUUCUUGCUUCUCACACCAACCCUGAUAGAAAGCCUGAACAGCAUAACUCACCAACUGCCUUUGGACACUGGCUCUUGAACAAUCUCAGCAGACCUCAGCUGGGCAGGUAAUACCUGGUUAAUCAACGUUUAUUAUCCACAUCUUCAGUGGAUCUGUAUGUAACUUAAGGGAAAGUGGGCAUUUAUACAUAUUUAUUAAAAAAGUUACUAAUCCAUUCUCUAGUCUCCUGGUCCAGUGGGAUGUUUCAUUUCAGAGGGCUGUUGCUUGACCUGGCAGCUUGAGUAAAACAUCUGAGCCACAUCACGUGUCAAGAGCAGUGAUACAGGUAUGGGGUUUCUGUGACAGACUGGCCUAUAAAAGCUCUUAUUAACUCAGCUUCAACCCUUGAUCAUCCCAUCUCAAGGCACUGUCUCUGAUGUAGUUUUUAAGGCCCUUGCUCAUCUGCUUAUCUAAACAUGAUUUUAUUUCAGAAAUCCAGUGCAUAUUGUCACUAUGGGUCAAAAUUUGAAAGAAUCUAUUAACGGCCUUUCCAACUGUGAGGCUUUUUAUAUAGGUUACGAUUAAAACCAUAAGGAAGAAGAAGCAUCCAGUAUUUUUUCAUAGGGAAAAAAAAGCCAAAUUUCUCCAAGGAUAAAAAAGUGUUGCUAAGGAUGCUUGUAUAUAGCUGUAAAGAAUGCUGCAUGAUACACCUUAGGUAAUAUCAGUGUGAGUAGCAAGCCAGAAUUACUGUGCUGAGGUUUUGUGAGGAGUUAUGGCACAGAUUAAGUAACCUUGAUCAAAGAGCUCAAAAAAAAUUCAGCAAAUUAAUUUGUAAUUUUGCCACGGAUGGAAAUGCGCUCCAGGAGAGGCAAUCUGUCACUCCAUAUGCACCAGUGAAAUCCAUGUUACCAGCUCACCCUGGCUGGGACAGGGGCAUUUAUGCAAGUCCUUGGGUGGGAGCCAUCCAGUACAGUCGGCAGUGAAGAGGCAGAAAGGAUUUUGCUGCUCUUCUUAAGUAUUCAAGUAUUACCUGGAGGGGAAAAAUAAAUCAAGGUGUCUCCCUUUGUCCACCAAGCACAGAGAGGGGCCGCACACAACACAGUCCAUUGUGGCUGAGGGUGCCUGGGUCAUUUCCAGCAGAGGUCCCAAAGGGUGAGGGAGGGCUGGGUCACACUGUCCUAACUCAGGCUGGGCUAGCAGAGUCACAAGAAAUCCUUCCCGCAGUGGAGACACAGCAGAAAGCCCCGAGCCAGCUGCUCACCAAGACCCCACAGGCUGUGAGCUGGGACCUUCCAGCAGGGACAGCCAGCACAGGCAGCACCCUGGGGCACACAGCAGGGCAGAGAGAGCUUCAGCCCUGACCAGAGCUCCAGGCUCCAGCUCUCAGUGAUGGCACAUGGGAAAUAAAUCCUUUUACUGCUGAAGUGUACUGGCUUAAACAUCACAGCAUUUUCCAGCACAGCUCUUCUCGCCCCUCUGAACUGGUAACCCCCAGCUGGGCUCAGACACAGAGCCUGUACAGCUUUCACCAAUGCUCUUGAGCUUCAUGGAACAGCAGCGAGGAGGUGGCACCCUAAAAAUCAGUGUAGGUAUCACCAGGAAGAUUUUGGGGUAUCUUUGUGUCUCGAAUUCUUUUGCAUUAAUUUUUCCCUAUGCCUCUAAAGCACAUUCCUGAAUAAAACUGGUGUAUCCAGAAGGUAUAGAUUAUCAGAGUAUUGAUGGAAGACAAUUUUUUGCACUGUGUAUGUUGGUUAUGUGGUAUAUAGUCUGUAUUCUGUGUUGGUGUUUAUAAAUUUAUAUAAAACUGUAUGUCGUGCACCUCUACUGAAUUAACUCACUGUUUAAUGUGGACACUUCUGAAGAAAUCAUCUGAAUGAUGAUUGUAUAUUUUGCUUUUUUUCCACAAGGAACUGAAAAAGCUCCAAGGAUACAAACAGACAACAGCCAAAUAAACUGAAUGAACAUAAAAACCA